CUUUUGAUUCAUGAUGGAGGAUGAUGUCGCGGUGCUUCUUAAUUUGGCAAAAUUAUCUUCUACUGGGGAUCAUCAUUUCCAUCAUAUGAUUCCUGUUCAACCAACAACCAAUGUAUGGAUGGAUCAACAUGCUACAACACCUACUACCAAGCAUCAUUAGCCCAACAAUCAAAGCAGAAUUCUUGUAAAUGCGUAGCAGGUUACACAGGGCCGCUAUGUCAAUUCACUAUAGAUGAAGUACCUAGCAUGGACGUGUGUACUUUGGAGGCAACUACUAGCCCAUGUCUUAACUCUGCAACUUGUAAUAACAUGUACCACAGCCAGUUAUCGACCACUUUGAAGUACUGCACAUGUACACGUAAAUACACUGGAUCACGAUGUGAAACAUUAGUUUCAGAUGUGCUUGUAGAUCCUCCCAUCGACAUGACAUUGUUUGUUAGGGGAUCAAUAGUAGGCCUCUACUACGCACCACAGUCUAAAGAUCCACCAAUUACAAUGUACUUAUCUGGCGUUUCUGAGCCCGACGUGGAACUUACUCUGGAUGAUACAGAUUUUAGUGGAACAUUGUUUGAAGGCGGUAUAAGCAGAAGUGAAGUUAACAGUAUAUACACUCGAUUCAGGAUAGAUAUCCCCUCAAGUGCUCCACAAGCCCAACAAAGGGGACCUUGGCGCGGUCGGGUAGAGGUGGAAAAUCAUAGGGAAAUCGACAUAAUUUCAUUUUAUCAGAGUAUGACAGCCUACGUAAUGCCAAUCAAUCCAUACGUAGUCGCAUCAGUUGGUGGAUAUGUUCAACUUCGGACGGAUGCCAAUGAAAACCAAGAACUCCGAUGGAGUCACAAUGGAGAGGAGAUUCCACAAGCCAACGCUCUUGAAGUAUUCACAAUAUUACGAGCCACUGUCGAAGAUGACGGCAUCUAUGAAUGUUACAUAAAUGGAAGACGCCCGCAAAAAGAACAUGCUUUUUUCAAGCUGUCUAUUAGAGAAUGCCCAACAGGAUUAUGUGGUAUGCCAAAUUGCUGGAUGGACUGUCCACACUGUAUGAACGGGGCAGUGUGCGAGCCUUAUUCUUGUUCAUGUAUAUGUCCAGCCGGCUACAUUGGUGAUCUAUGUGAGACAGCCCACUCUACAAGUGAUUUUGGACAGAGUGGCACCAUGGCGUGCAGUACUGGUGUUGACAAGUGCAUAGGUAACCGAUUCUGUCGACCUCAACCAUUUGGGUGUACUUGUGCAGGAGGUUUUUCCGGAAUCGACUGUAGGACAAAAAAAGAAGCUUGUAGUAAAGCAUUUACUAUACCACCUCUUUUUAAAGGGUGUUCUGCAGGAACAUAUGGCCCUGAUUGCAAGUUAGUUUGUUCGUGUCCGGAUGAUGAGUGCAAUUAUCAUAGUGGUUGCAGCUCAAGUAGUUGCAGUUAUGGAAUGACUGGCGAUACUUGUACAGAGUAUUUACCAUAUACGCAGUGCCCAACUGGCUACUACGGAGACCAGUGUCAAUAUGAAUGCAAUUGUGACUCAUCUUUCACGUGUGAUAAGUGGUCUGGAGAGUGUGUUGUACCAGAUGAUAUCAUUGACGUGGUGAUUGUACUUGACCCACCAUACAUCAAUAUGUCAAGUGAGCCUCAAGUAAUAUUGAAAUUCUACUCUCUCGGUGACACACAAACUGAAGACAUGGAAAUUAGUUACUUGUCAUAUGACUCUGUGCAGUUGCAAUACAAUGAUCCUGGGGAAGGACCAUUCGCAAGCGAUUCCACUUUUACGUAUACCACAGAUGCAGACUCAGUUGGCAUAAAAAUUACAAUUGGAGCUUCCAGUUCUGCUGCUCAAAGAGUUGGUCCAUUCUUGGGUACAGCUACCUACAAUGGAUCUACGACAACUUCAACAGCAUGGUUUCAGCCUAACGAUGCUGAAAUUAGUCCUGUUCAUGAUAUUGUGCGAGUUUCCUUUGGUGGAUUCGCCCGAUUGGCCACUAAUGCCAAAGAAGCCAGUGAUUUACGCUGGAAAUUGAAUGGAAAAGCCCUGCAUUGGGCAGAUGGAUUACCAGUCUUAACAAUUACAAAAGCUUAUGUUGAAGAGUCUGGCAUAUACGAAUGUUACAGGGACAGAGACUAUGACCUCGGCUUGUGUGGUCGUCCAGCAUGUAUUGAUUAUUGUCCUAUUUGCUACAAUGGCGGCAUUUGUUCAGCUGACACUUGCACAUGCGUGUGUCCCCCUGGAUUCAUUGGAGACCAAUGUGAAACAGCUUGCCCUGAACAAGAUAACGCUUUCGGACUCACAUGCAGUAAAACAUGCAGUAGUGAACCGACUGGCAACUGUAGCGGAGUUAGAUUUUGUUACCCUGACCCAUUGGGAUGUGUUUGUGCAUCUGGCUGGAUGGGUCCAAACUGUGACCAAAUGUGCGAACCUGGCCAGUACGGACCAGACUGUGAUCUUCAGUGCCAUUGCAGUGAUUACGAUUGUAACUAUUUUUAUGGAUGCGAGGUUGGAUCUCAAUGCACGGACGGAUUCGUUGGCGACACUUGCAAAGAUCCUGGUCCUGACGCUGUAUGCACAGUUGGUGAUUUUGGCGAAAGCUGUGAAUUCCAAUGUCAAUGUGAAUUCAGACAAUCUUGCAACCGGACAACCGGAGAAUGUAUUGACUUUCCCGCUAAUAUCACAACAUGUGACCAUGGUUUCUAUGGUGAAUUCUGUACACUGCAAUGCCCAUGCUCAUUGACUCAACCAUGUGAUAGAAAAACAGGCGAAUGUCUCGAAGACAUCAAUGAAUGUGCAAGCACCCCAUGUCAAAACGGAGGCCUCUGCAGUGAUCGAGUGAAUUUCUAUUUUUGUACCUGCAUUGCCGGAUUUACUGGUAGUCACUGUGAAAUUAACAUCAAUGAAUGUGCAAGCGCCCCUUGUCAAAAUGGAGGAAUCUGCAUUGAUCGAGUGAAUUUCUAUCUUUGUACCUGCAUUGCUGGAUUUAAUGGUAGUCACUGUGAAACUAAUAUUAAUAAGUGUUCCAGUGAUCCAUGUCUGAAUGGGGGCUUAUGUAGUGGUGGUGUGGAUGGGUAUGUCUGCUUAUGUCCUAAUGGAUAUAAUGGGAUUCACUGUGAAAUAAAUUAUAUGUGUGACAAUACAUCAUGUCAAAAUGGAGGAUUUUGUGUUGAUAACAUCAACAGCUAUACCUGUACAUGUGCUGCGGGAUAUUUUGGAACAUAUUGUGAAUUUGAUAAUGAGGCGCCAAUAAUCACAUUUUGCCCAAUAGAUGCAGAAUUUUUCACAGACAAGACAAGCAAUACCGCUGCUGCAGUCUGGAAUCCUCCUGCCGCAACAGAUAACUCCGGUGUGCCUCCAUAUAUUACAACAAGUAUUAAGCAAAAUGAUUUCUUGGCAAUUGGAAACCACCUUGUAUCAGUCAUUGCAACGGACGGUUCAGGAAACACCAACACCUCCUGUUCUUUCAACAUAAAGGUCAUAGGUAAUACAGGUAGUAUUAAUGCUUCAUCAUCAGUAACUGAUUACCUGAUAGCAGUGUACAUUCUCUGUGUCUUCAUUCUGUUGAUGUCUCCAAUAUUUGUCUUCUUUUGCAGAUCAUAUUUCGUUAAAAGAAAAACGGAACCACUAACAGACAUAAGUAAUUAUAUGACAACAAUAAAUGUACCACACUAUCGGCCAACUACUAGCAAUAGUGAUACUGCUGUAGCACAAUCUACCGGUAUGGACUUACUCAUGCUUGAUAAUACGCAUCACCUUUAUGAUGAAAUUCCAAAUGCUAAUACGGAAUAUGAAGUAUAUCUACCAUCCAUUGAUGUUGCACCACAAUCUAUGGAAACACAGUUAGGAAAUAAUGGAGCGUAUGAACAUCAUUCAUCUUUACACACCAAUUAAGUAGAUUCACUUGCUAAAUAGAAGUUGUAGAAUUCAUUUUUGUUUCUAGCCGUAAUUAUUGUGUAAUGGAGUGUAUCUGGUGGUAUUUGAAUCUGUUCAACCAUGAAACCUCCGUGGUUUAAUGGUUAUGAUGGUCGCCUUGACAGCGAGAGGUCGCAGGUUCGAGUCCCGCCAGAGGCAUUUCAUUACACAAUUUCAAAGAAAUGUAAAUACAUUGUACAAACAAUGGACGUGAUAGUACAUCAUGUAGCAUAGCUCUCAAUGUCCUAUAAAUAAAUACAUUGUGUAAUAAAAUGCCUCCGACGAAAUUUGAACCUGCGACUUCUCGCUGUCAAUGAAAGCAUCAUAACCAUUCAACCACAGAGGCUUCAUGGUUGAACAGAUUUGAACAACUGUCAAGUACAUUUCAUUACAUAAUAGUGUGCAUUGAGAAGGCAUUAAACCAGAUAAAUCCUAAGGUACGGCUGGAAAUAAAUAGUAACGUAUAAUGAGUGGACGGACCUAUUUGACAAAAUUGAAAUGGCCCUACUUGACUUUUUAAGUAUUCUGUUUUAUUGCUGAAAAUAAAAGAUUAUUAUAUUGUAUAGAAUUGUAAGUGCAUUGGCUAAGGUAGAUCAUAGUAAUUAAUUCUUUUAUUAUAAAUGUACAAUUAUGAAAUAUGUGGCAAUACAUAAACAUUUAAUUUUUCUCUUCUUGUUAGGAUAUCAUAUAGAGUUAUCUUCACUGGAGUUGAGUCUUGUCUUCGAACGGCCCAUACCCAUCAGUAUCAGUAGUAGUGUCUUCGGACUAUUAUUACUAUAAUUUUUUUUUGUAUUUGUUGGACUACUCACCUUAUGUCUUUCCCAAUCGAUCAGUUUGCCGAUGCCAGUGCCCUGUCGUGCACUGUUGGUCGUCGGUCUUGGACGUUACUCGUUUCCAAAAAUACAUCGAUAAUUGUGUAUGUUGGUGCAACAAUAAUGACUUGGUGCAACAAUAAUGACUUGCAUCUAAUCUCUUCUAAGUAUAAAAUUAUUCAUUUAUCUAGGGGCUCCCGAGCAGACAUUUCUCCAUUCAUCUACACCAUUUCAAAUACCUAGAUCCCAUUUGUUCCAAAAGCAAAAUGCCUUAGAGCCACAAUUUUCUGCAACUUCAACGUUUAGAUCUCAUAAUAAAAAUGUGUGCCGAGAGCCUCUAAAUGCCUAAAUUUUGUCUCAAGACAUCGAUGGGCUAAUGUGUACCAUCUUUAUCCUCUUGUUUUUAAAAAGCUUUCCGAAGCCUUGUUUUCGAUUCCGGUUUUUUUUUUUAAGAGUGGGGGGAUUUUCUGUUGGCAUGACAACUCCUUUAUUAACCCCGUGAUUAAUUAUCCUAAAUUAUAUGAGUGCCCAUUUGAACAACCUCUUUAUUUAGAUUCUGUUAUGUUAAGCAGCCGGGCCCAAGAACUCUCUUCGUGACAGCCUGAGCAGCUUAUAUAUUAAGAUAAAAAAUGUUUUAAAAAAAUAAUAACAGCCUGUUUUAACGACUAAAACUAUAUGAGAUGAACUUUUUUUCCCUUUUUUUUUGACAUUGAUAUUUAAUGGUGUACUUAUUUUUGAUAUUUUAUAUUGUAAUAGAUAGUAUGUUAAGUGUUGGACCCUCGGCCCAUGAUUUCCUUUUAGACCGUGGUUUGUUGAAUCUGUAAUAAAUAAAUUUCAUGUGUUUCCUGAAGAAGAGCGCAAGCUCAAAUAAAGUGACUGUGUUUUGUUACAUUCAAGCCUUUGAAUAUUUCUUCCGUUAAGUAUAUAAAUAUAAUUUAUUCGGAAUAAACAAUAAUAAUACACGACAAAGUUAAAGGUCUGUGGACCAAGAACAGAUUAAUUAAACUAAAUGAAUAGUCUGAUACUAGUAAUCUAAGUUUUUUACUUAAACUGGUGAUAGCUAGUUCCAAGUAUCCAUUUUAUUUUUCUCUACAUAUUUUGACAGAGAUGCAAAGUUGUUAUCGAUCAAAAUCAAGGGAGAUUGAAAUGACAUAUGGAAAAAAACAGUGGAUUUGUCUCUGAUGGAUUUUGUUAUUAUGAACUGGAGGCAAAAUUUAGUACAGGUUUCUCUUAUAAUAGAUAUACAAAGUACCCAUUCUUCGUACCAAAAGGAUUAUUCUUCGUAUCUUUAUAUAAGCCAAGAACCUGUGAAUAAAAGCUUACGUAUACAACAUCAGUGUGAA